AUGCUCCAUCUUUCUCUCCCUUAUUUUGAAGUCAUUCCAGAAAUAAAUCAGAACCAAGGAAAAGAGAAUCUUCACUACACACAGACCUGGGAAACAAGGGGUUUUCUCCAAAAUUUCACACAGCUACUACUCCUACAAAAAUCUUGCCCAAGAGGCUGGGAGACUUUGAUCAGGGAAAGUUCGCAUGAAUGUGUAGCAGAAGAGAGAGGGCAUCUGAUUGAGAUCCAAGACUUAUUUUGCCCAAAGCCAGAUGCCCAGGAAGAGCCCCAGUUAGUAAUAUUAGAGGGGGCUGCUGGGAUUGGGAAGUCAAUGCUGGCCAGGCAGGUGAGGAGAGAAUGGGGAGAAGGCCAGCUCUACAGGGAUCGCUUCCAGCAUGUCUUCUACUUCAGCUGCAGAGAGCUGGCCCAGUGCGAGAAGCUGAGUCUGGCUGAGCUCAUAGCAAAAGACCAGACUGUGCCUGUAGCUCCCAUCAAGAAGAUCCUGUCUCACCCUGAGAAGCUGCUCUUCAUUCUGGAUGGCAUAGAUGAGCCAGCAUGGGUCUUGAAGGAACAGAAUCCUGAGCUCUGUCAGCACUGGAGACAGCCACAGCCUGUGCACAGACUCCUGGGCAGUUUGCUGGGGAAAUCCAUCCUGCCUGGGGCUUCCUUGCUGCUCACAGCUCGGACCACAGCUCUACAGAAGUUCAUUCCUUCCUUGGGGAAGCCACGUUGGGUGGAAGUCCUGGGCUUCUCUGAGUCUGGACGAAAGGAAUAUAUCUACAAAUAUUUCACAAAGCAAAGAGAAGCAAUUACAGCUUUUAGCUUGGUUGACUCAAACCCAGUUCUCUCAACACUAUGUCUGGUGCCCUGGGUAUCCUGGCUGGUCUGCACUUGCCUGAAGCAGCAGAUGGAGCAGGGGAGAGACCUCUCACUGACCUCACAGACCACCACAGCUCUCUGCCUGAAAUACCUUUUCCAGACUCUCCCAGACAGUGCCCUGGGAACCCAGCUCAGAGGGCUCUGCUCACUGGCUGCUGAGGGGAUCUGGAGAAGAAGGACCCUGUUCUGUGAGAGAGAUCUCCAGAAUCAAGGGUUAUCUGAGGAUGUCAUUGCCCUUUUCCUGAAGAUGGGUGUCCUUCAAACAAUUGUCCAGCAGCCCAGGUCUCUGAGCUACAGCUUUGCCCACUUGUGUCUCCAGGAGUUCUUUGCAGCAAUGUUCUGCAUCCUGGGGAAUAAUGAGGAGAAAUGUGGUGAUAUAGAAAACUACAGAGUUGUGGAAACACUAGUAGAAGUGUAUGGAACUCAAGACCUGUUUGAGGCACCCACCAUACGCUUCCUAUUUGGCCUUUUGAGUGAACAAGGAGUGAAUGUGAUGGAGAAGAUCUUCACCACUCACUUGUCUCUGAACACCCUAUGGGAAAUGCUGGAUAAAGCCAGGGCAUUGCCCCAGCACCAACAUCUCUAUUCUCUGGGGUUGUUUCAUUGUUUGUAUGAGAUUCAGAAUGAAGAGCUCCUGACACAGGUGAUGGACAAUCUUCAAAAAAAACAGGUUUGUGACCUGAAAGAUAUGAUGCACCCAGUGUUCCAGACAAACGUGAAGCACCUGGUGAUCCAGACAGAUGUAGAACUCAUGGUGGUCACUUUCUGCAUUAAUUUCUGCUGCCAUGUGAAGAGGCUUCAGCUGGAUGGUUGUGGACAGCAGGGACCAAUGCUGAUGUCCCCUAGGAUGGUUCUGUGAGUGGAACCCUGGAUACCUGUUGGAUCAGAUACCAGUUGGAAGAUUCUCUUCUCCACUCUUGAGUUCACAGGAAACCUGGAGGAGCUGGACCUAAGUGGAAAUCCAAUGAGCUAUACUGCACUUCAGAAACUUUGUAAGACACUGAGACGCCCUGAAUGUCACCUAAAGACAUUGUGGCUGGUCAACUGUGGCCUCACAUCCGGACACUGUAAACACCUGGCCUCAGUGUUCAGGGCCAGUUCCAGCCUGGCUGAGCUAGACCUACAGCAGAAUGACCUGGGCAACCGUGGUGUGAGGCUGCUGUGUGAGGGGCUCAGGAAUCCUAACUGCAGCCUCAGAAUCCUGUGGCUGGACCAGGCCCCUCUCAGUGACCAGGUGAUGAUGGAGCUCAGGACCCUGGAGGCAAAAAAUCCACGGCUGCUCAUCUCCAGCACAUGGUAAGGGGUGGGCACAGAACUCCUACUGGUCAACCCAGGUGCUAUGUGGCUGCUCCAGAUCUGAGAGGUGGGAACAGGGUCCUGAGGUGAUGGGAAAGACAAAGGGAGCCAGAGAGAGACCAGGAACCACACCAAUCAAGGUAAAGUAGGUGUGUGUGUGUGUGUGUGUGUGUGUGUGUGUGUGUGUGUGUUUGUGUUAUGAUUAUAUGAACUUUAAAAAUAGAAUCAUAUAACAUACCUUCUUAAUUUCUCCAAUUGAGAUAAAAGAAAAGCUGAGUUAGUGGUGAGUCCUCUGGCACAGCAAGUGUGAUAAUAAUAGAUAAUAAGUAGUAACCACCAGGGAACCCAGACCACUGGAACAAUGAAAGUAGUCACCACACAGAGGUGAGAAAGACACAUAAAGAAAGAUUCUUAGGGAAAAAAACAUGAUGUGUAUCACUGUCUCAACAUACAUAUGUACACACACACACACACACACACACACACACACACACACACACACACUGUACUAAAGGAUUGAGGAGAAGCCGCCGGACAGGAAAGUCAUCUUCACUCCAGAGACUGUGCUGAAGCCCCAUGUUCUCCCACUUUGGCACAUUUCAGUUUGUGACCAUAAAUUCCAUCUGUUCUCAAGUUCCUAGCUGCUAUGACAUGGUGUGAAACAGAGAGGGGUACUAAAGACUUUGGAGGGUCAGCCAUUCAUUGAACAGACAUUCCUAGAGACCUACUUCCUUCAUACACUAUUUUUGGAUCUGAGGGCACAUCAGUAAACAAGACUGACAUGACCUCAGUCCAGCAGGGAGGAGAUACUUGUUCCCCCAGUCCACAUAAUUAUACCUGGAAAACCUAUGAGUGCAGUGGUGGUCUUUCUGACCUCAUCAAAAGCUGAGGUGAGCUGAGGUGAACUCUCAAAGAUGAGAAAUAGGGAUGAGCCAAGAAGGAGAAAAUUCCAGGCAGACAUAGAGGUUCUAAGGAAGCAGAGUGAGCAACCCCAUUAGGGACAGGAAACCAUGUGUGAGACCAUCUGCUCUGCCUCACCAUUACCUGGGAGCUCAACAGAAAUACAGGUUCUCAGGACCCACUCCAUCCCUGCAGACUUAUAAUCUCAGGUGGGGAAGCUUCCUUCAGUGAGCUUUCUGAUUUAGCAGGCCAUGUAGGUGACAUUUUGACACAGUGAUUUGAGAGUCACUGAUCUGGAUUUUAGAAGGAAAGGGUGGCAUAGGAGUGCCUGGUGGGGGACAGGGCCCAUAGCAAGAACUAUGAACCAUGCUAAGAAUCUUCUGUUUCUCCCCAGAGGAAAUGAGAGGCAUCCAAUGCCUCAGCUACGAAGGUGUAUCUCUACCCACUUUUUAUGGUCAGCUACUAUGUAGAAAAUGUGCUAGCAGGGACCAGAUCAGAAGAGGGAUGCCUGUCAGAGGAUGCUGCAGAGGUUCAGGAUACUGCUCGCUCCAUCUUGGGAACAGGGUGGAGUCUGUGGAGGGCGAGAGCAGAGAACAGAAAGGAGAGAGAUUUGAGUGGUACUGUCUAGUUGAUUGGCAUUCAGGAUAAGUGAUUAUUAGUCAUUUUGUGCAGCUAUACACAGUGUCUUGAUGUGAGAUGCAGAAAUAUAAAGUAGGAACUCAGUUGGCACUGACAAGGCUGACCCAUUAGAGCCAGGGGCUCUGGAGGAGGUUGAAGCCAAAACGUAAGAUGUCUUGGUGAUACUGGUUUUUGAAUGUAUUAGCUGUUUCCUGCAGUGAAUUUCUCAUGUACUAUUGCAGCCUUCCCAUCUGAUUCUUUUACCAAGAAUUUCUAGCAGUAUGAUUGAUUGUUUAUUGGGUACAACUUCCCCUAUUCAUUUGGGGUAUUUGGAUAACAUUCCCCAGCUAUAUGUGAAAACAGUCACACAGUCAAAAUCUGUUUCCCACAACCAGGUUUUUGUUCCUUUCUCCAAUGUAAACUUAGAGGUCUGCUUUCCGGAAAUUUCCUUCAUUGGCAGGCAUUUGGUCAGUGUUAAGUGUCCAGACAAAAGUAUCUCAUCUGAGACAUUCUCAGACACCCAAGGACAUAGAACUAUGAUUGCCCAGAGUCCAGGGAAGAUGCUAUGUCUGGUAUGGGGUAUCUGAGAGAAAAAGUCUACAUACACUAGCUCUUAUGUCUGUUAGCUUUAUUAGUCUUAAGACAAAAUUUUAUCUAUACAGCUACAGCUCCACCAGGCAUUCAGG